GCCGAAACACGUAUUGCAGCUGCAUUAUACUCGAACAUUAGAAUUGCCAAUAAAUAAAUGGCGGCCCAAAGUGUGGAGAACCUCAAUGAGAAAUUGGUCUGUGCAGUUUGCCAGAAUACUCUCAAGAAUCCGAAACUUCUUGCAUGCUUUCAUGCAUUCUGUGAGGAGUGUUUGAAACAGAGUGAUCAAAUAGAAGUGUGUUCAGGUGGGCUGAAAUGCCCAGAAUGUAGCAAGGUGAUGGAUCUUCCAGGAGAGGGCGUGGCAGGACUAGAUUGGAAUCCACUGGUUUGCAGGCUAGUCGAAGUGCUUGAGGCAAAGAAGAAGGCGAGCCAAAUCAUGUGUGAUGCAUGCGGAGACAGCGAGUCACCUUUGACAACCUACUGUCGAGACUGUUUAAGUUUCAUCUGCGACUCAUGUGCUUCUUACCAUGGAAAAAUGAAACUCUUGCUGCAGGACCACCAUACAGUUCCCCUGGACAAGAUUAUCAACGGGACUAUCAAAAUCAAAUGGAUGGAAGAGGGCUUGUGGAGAAAGGCACACGAGUGCGGAGAGCAUAUCGGUGAGCUGCGGAGAUUCUACUGCAGAACAUGCAAGAAACGUAUCUGCAGGGACUGUAUCGUUCUCGACCAUACCAAACCUGACCAUGACUGCACCACAGUGCAAAAGAUGUUUCAGGAAACAAAGGAGAAGGUAAAAGAUCGUUCGAAAAGCUGCAAAGAAAAGGAGGAACGUGUGAGCACCAUGUUAAAUGAUGUGGAUGUACGAAAAAUAGGAGCAAACCAGAAUUUUCAUCUGAUGAAAAAAAGAAUUCAGGACCUAAAAUCAAUGGCUGUUGCAAAUUUGAACAAAGCAGAGGAAGAACUUUUGCACAAGGUUGAAGUGUUGGAGGAAAAGCUCAACGACAAAGUACGAGCUUUCAGAGAUAACAUGAACACAACUAAAGAAAAUCUCGCAAGGGCCCAAUCAAAGGCUAAAGAGGUUGUUUCAGCCAAAGAGGUUACUGACAUGUCUAGAGGUCCCUUCUUACCUGAAGAUGUUCUCAAAGAACUGGAAGAGAUGAUCGCGUCAGAUGUCACUAUGACAAUUUCUAUGGAUCUCAUGGCUCUGAAAGCUACCGUGAUACAAGGAUCGAAGUUGCCAGAGCAAAUGGCGCGCUUUGCCAAGUUGUCGUUGCCGCAUGUUUGGAGAGAGACUCAGACGUUUCUGAUUCCUGACAAAGACAUUACGAACAUUUUCUCCGAUGGAAACUCAAUAUACGUUGCUUGCAAGAGGGGGAUUUACAAGAAACUGUUGCCUCACGAUGCCAACCCGUCCACUUGGAUGAAGCUUCAUCACAAUUCUAGCAUCAAACAGGUGGUAGAUAUGGCCAUAUCAAUGAAGGACCAAACCUUCUCUUUCAUUGCUGAAACCGACGCAGCUAGUAUGCAACUCUUCACGUUGAAACUGAAUGAUUUUCCAACAUCUCAUGGACACGCCGCCCCCUUGACACCCUUUUUAACGGUCGCACCGUGCCCUCUGAACCCAAGUGCAAGAAUCUCUGUUGAUUCCCAGUCCUGCAUCGUUGUUGCCAAUAACAAGCCAGUCAUGCCAAGUUUGAAACAGGCAACCUCACCCAGUUACGAAUCGGCCAGCGAAAUCAAGCGGAAACACACGACACCAUCUGCGACAAAUGUGAGACCAGUGGCAGAGGAUAGUGGUGGAAUUACCUUAAGUCUGACACUGCCUCAACAGCAGCACAGCUUCACUGGCACAACCCAUAUCUCUCAGACAGUAUCUGAUUUCGGCUGUGUCAAGUCUAUAAGCCAGCCAGAAAGCGUACCCUUUCCUUUGGCUUCAAAAGGAAAGGAAACAAGACCGGGAAUCCCAAAAACAGGAUCAUCCAUCUUCACAGCAUCCAUGAAAAUCUAUAAGGGUAAACAUGAGAUACGCUCGUCUGGUUCCCCCUUCGGUAGUACUACUGUAAACCAAGGGUCUUCAGAUCAUUUCAAGGUUCCACUUGAUAGGGUUCGAAGUCUCGCAGCCGCCAAGUCAGGUCAGUUGGUAUUCCUAUGCUGGGAUAAGAAAGCCGUCAUCAUCACUGACAAAGACGGGAGAGUCCAGCAUGAAAUCAAGGAGCCUGGCAGGAUGUACUUGUCCAUCUCCUGCACAGAGAGUGACGCCCUCUACGUUCUGUCCGCCUUCUGGGGCAGCCACAUCGUCACGCUCACCAAGCAUUCCUUGCAAGAUGGUGGUCUCCUCGAGUACAUCAUCGACGAACUCGACGUUUCAGCAAACUUUCAGUCAGACGAGUGGCCAGUCAUUGGUAACUGUAGAGACGACCUCGUGAUCAUGCAUACGGGGGAGGAGAUUCGUGUCUACUCGGCGGAAGAUUGGGAUAUAUUAGAUGACGAAGACGUCAAUGACCAAGACCAAGAUGCCGAUAAGGAUGAGGAUGUUUAG